CAUGGUUUGGCAAGCCAUCGUUUGCUGUCACAGAGGUCUGGGUUAUAAAAUGGAGUGAGGGGACCCAAGCAAAGCUUCACAUCACCCUCCAGAGAGCUGCAGCCAUGAAGUUUCAGAUUCUCGCUGCUCUCUUCUUCUUGCUCCUCGCAGUGAAUGAAGCCAAAGUGUAUCAGAAAUGUGAACUAGUGAGGAUUCUGAGAGAUGAAGGCCUGGAUGAUUACUAUGGCUACAGCCUGGGGAACUGGAUAUGUAUGGCUUAUCAUGAAAGUAGGUACAACUCCAGGGCUGUGGGGCGACCCAACAGCGAUGGUAGCAUCGACUAUGGGAUUUUCCAGAUCAACAGCCGUUGGUGGUGCUCCAAUGGGAAAGGCAGAACAGCCAAUGGAUGCCGCAAAUCCUGCAGCAGUUUUGAGAAUGAUGACAUCCGCGAUGAUAUUGAGUGUGCUAAAAGGAUUGUUCGUGAUCCCAACAGGAUGGGUGCCUGGGUGGCUUGGAGAAAAAACUGCGAAGGACGAAAUCUCGCAGAGUGGACUGCAGGCUGCUAA